GUGUGACAGUGUUUUCUCAACCAUCUCGAUCUUCUUCUCUCUCUACUAAAGACUUUUUACUAUUUCAGUUCUAAUUUUAAGGAUAGUGAUGAUUUUCUCUGAGAUUAGUAAUUAGGAUUAUCAGAGAAAGAGAGAGAGAGAGAGAGAGAGAGAGAGAGAGAGAGAGAGGUGGGUUUAUUAAUGUAUGUGAAGGUAGGAACCGUAUCUGUCUCUGUCUUCUCCAAACCAUCUCUUAGGGUUUUAAUUCUGCUUAAAAAAAUCUAGGGUUUGUUUCUGUCAGUGAUUUAUGAUGAUGUGUGAGAGUGGAAGAUGAGAGUGUUGUCCAUAAACAAUGGUGGAUCGAAGAAGCGCAUUGUGUUUCGUCUCAUCCUUCUUCUUCUUGUCUCUGUUACUGUUCGACUGCGUCGCCGUUGCGAAACAACGGACUCGAUUCGACGAGCUGCUCACUCUGCUUCGUCUCAGGUCCACUCUCGGUUUAAAAGGAACCGAUUGGCCAAUCAAAGGCGAUCCCUGUCGCGUCUGGAGAGGGAUACAAUGCGACGGCAACGGAAGCAUCAUCGGGAUCAACAUCUCCGGUUUCAAGAGGACGAGGAUCGGUAAGCAGAAUCCUCAGUUCGCCGUUGAUCCGCUCCUUAAUCUCACUCGCUUAGCUUAUUUCAACGCGUCUGGAUUUGAAUUGCCUGGUUCUGUUCCUUAUUGGUUUGGUGUUAGUUUGACGACAUUGCGCGUCUUGGAUCUUAGCUCUUGUUCCGUGAACGGUGUUGUUCCCGUAACACUCGGUAACCUCACCAGCUUGGUGAGUUUGAACUUGUCUCGUAACAGUCUCACCGGUUCGGUUCCGAGCAGUUUAGGGGAGCUGUCGAGUCUUUCGGAGCUUGAUCUCUCUAGGAACACGCUCACCGGAGCUCUUCCUCCUUCGUUCAGCUCGUUGCUGAACCUCACGAGUCUUGAUGUUUCUUCUAAUUACCUCACUGGUCCAAUCCCUCCUGGUGUGGGAUUGCUGUCGAAGCUUCUCUACUUGAACUUCUCAAGCAAUAGCUUCUCGUCUUCGAUUCCUCCAGAGCUUGGAGAUCUCGUCAAUCUUGUUGAUCUUGAUCUCAGCAUCAACUCAUUGUCUGGUUCAGUUCCUCUGGAGUUUAGAAAGUUAACGAAUCUGCGGAACAUGGUGAUUGGUGACAACCUCUUGAGCGGAGCUUUACCAGCUGAUCUGUUUGGUGCUAUGAGCCAGCUUCAGAGCUUACUUCUGAGAGAAAACGGUUUCUCCGGUAAUCUACCUGAUGCGUAUUGGUCUUUGCCCAAGUUACGGAUCCUCGACAUUGCUAAGAACAACUUCACUGGGAUGCUACCGAACUCUAGCUCUGGUCCGAAUGCAGAUGUGGUCGAUAUCUCCUCGAACAUGUUCUACGGCGAGCUCACAAGGAUUCUCACAAGGUUCAGUGCCAUGUACCUCUCAGGUAACUACUUUGAAGGCAAGGUUCCAGAUUAUGUGCUCAGAGCAAACGCGUCUCUGACCAGAAACUGCCUUCAAAACGAGAAGAGACAGAAGUCUUCAGAAGAUUGUUCAUCCUUCUACACAGCUAAAGGGUUAGACUUUGAUGAUUUCGGACGUCCUACUUCUAAAAAGGCUUCUUCUACAGGGCUAAGCCGCAGGACUGUGAUUAUAUUAGCAUCAGUCGGUGGAGUGAUUGGUUUUAUUCUGAUAUUCAUUCUCUUGCCCAUUCUUGUGGUUCUAUGGAUGCGUCGAAGAGGCAGAGAGGGUCAAGGAGGGGGCGGUGACAGGCCCAAACCUGUAACCGAAGCUUCUCAGCCACCUAAAGGAGCACAGACCUUUGAUUUGUCGCGUCUUGGGAAUGCGUUUACGUAUGAUCACCUUCUCCAAGCGACAGGGGACUUCAAUGACGCCAAUCUGAUCAAACGUGGCCACUCCGGGAGCUUGUUCCGAGGCUUCUUGGAUAACGGAACGCCCAUUGUUAUAAAGAAGAUCAAUACGAAGGAGAGUAAAAACGAAGGGUAUAUAGCGGAGCUUGAGCUGUUGAGUAAAGCUGGACACCAGAGGCUGGUUCCAUGUCUUGGACACUGCUUGGAGAAUGAGGGGCAGAAGCUAUUGGUGUACAAGUUUAUGAGGAACGGAGAUCUGGCUAGCGCUUUGUUUAGGAAGUCGGACAACGAAGGUGAUGGGUUGAAGUCUUUGGAUUGGAUAACAAGGUUGAAGAUUGCUCUUGGUGCAGCCGAGGGGCUAGCUUACUUGCAUCACGAGUGUUCCCCACCUCUUGUUCAUAGAGAUGUGCAAGCAAGUAGUAUACUUCUUGAUGAUAAGUUUGAGGUACGUCUUGGAAGCCUAAGCGAGGCAUAUGUUCAAGGUGAUGCUUAUCAGAGCAGGAUUUCUCGUUUACUUCGCUUACCACAAUCGACUGAAGCAUCCUCUUCAGGUGCAGCAAAUGCAACAUGCGCCUAUGAUGUCUACUGCUUCGGCAAAGUGUUACUUGAGCUAGUCACGGGGAAGCUCGGGAUCAGCUCGCCGGACAACGCAGAGGCAAAAGCAUACAUGGAAGAAGCUUUGCAAUACAUCAGCACAAACGAGAAGGAGCUAGUGACCAAGAUCCUAGACCCGUCGUUAUUGGUGGACGAGGACCUUCUAGAAGAAGUCUGGGCGAUGGCUAUCAUCGCAAAGUCAUGCCUAAACCCAAAACCAACAAGAAGGCCGUUGAUGAGACACAUAGUGAACGCACUUGAGAAUCCGUUGAAAGUAGUGAGAGAGGAUACCAACUCUGGCUCAGGCUCUUCACGGUUGAGAACAAACUCGUCGAGAGGGUCUUGGAACGCUGCUAUAUUCGGGAGCUGGAGGCAAAGCGCGUCGGAUGUAACAGCUGUUCAAGCUGUAGGAACAACAAGUGGUGGUGGGGGUUUGAUAAACUCAGGGUCGCAAGGGAGCAGUGGAAGGAAUAAUAACAAUGGGAACUCAUCGUCGAGAAGAAGGCAGUCUAGUGAGAUUGUGCCUGAACCUGCAGCUUAUGGGGAAGAUGUAGUUCUCAGGUGAGAGGAUAAGAUUUUUAGGAUUGGUUCAUCGAUUCUUUGUGUCGUUAAUAACCAGAGGCAAAGAGAGUCCUCUCAGGUAGCAGCAUAGAAUAUGUUUUUUUGUUCAAGAUUAUUAUUUUUCUUCGUCUCCUUAUUUAUUUUGUCUUUUUUUUUUUUUGGGUUAGGAUUGGCGGGGUUAGAAUUGUAAUUCACAUUUUCUAGAUCUUUGUAAAUUUCAAUUCUUGGAGAUUGGGUUUUCCUCGGCUGGUUAAAAGGGAAGAUUGGUUUCGUUUAAA